CGAGAAAACCUUGCUAUACAGUAAAGUCAAACCUCUACAUUUAUCCUUGUCCAAUGGAUUUGUAUUGAAAAAAGAGAGCCUUGAUGAAAUGUCAAAGAUUUUGCAAUCCAAAUUCGACCAGUUCAAAAGAGAAAACAUAAAUCUACUAGAAAUUGAAAACAUCGAUGACAACGACAACAACUACAAAUCAAAUGGCAUCAGUCUCAACUUCAACUACGAAAACCUAAAGAUCUUCAAAAAUUACAAUGGCAAAACAAUCUACCUCGCUCUCACUUUCGACAGCCACACCUUGAGAAAACUCAAGCCCCUACACAACAGCAUACUCCAGGUCUUGUCCUCCUACAGAAACGAAGUCCUAGACAACAUCGAAAAUGGCCUUGUGAUGGACAUCUUCAACAACGACACCCAGGACAUCAACCACGACUUCAACUCAGACUACCCCACCAUCAAACACCCAGCCAACUUCAGCGAGGUCUCAGAGACAUACAAGACCUAUCUCAGAGACCAGUUCAACUACUCCUUCAACCACCUCGGCGACCUCAACAACUUGCACAUUUCCAUCGGCUCGCUCCACAACCAGUUGUACUUUGACAAGGACAAGCUCUCGCUCUACAACUACCUCCACACCACCAUUGACAGCAACAAGAAAUUCAACGUGCGCAGAGAAAUCGCAGCCAACCUUCGCCAGAGACACGAUUUCAAGUUCUACUUGAAACACAUCAACCUCGAAAAGGGUCCCACCCAGUCCACCUUCUCCCUCUAGUCUCAACUCUCUCCUGUAUAUAUGUAUGUAUAUAGUCCGCACGUGCGACACAUAUCCGAGGGUGCUCUUUCGACCUGCCCUCGUCCGCCACGCCCACCAGCUGACGG